GAGAAGGUCAGAAAAUGAUCCCGCCACCACAUGCCCCACCGAUCUCCUCCAGUUGACUUGUUGAGGCGCGCGUACCUCGUCGUCGUCUUGGUCGACUCUCCAUGGAUCCAUCUGUAUAAAUUCCAUGGCGGGCGACCGGAGAUAUAUAGCAGCUAGCACCAGAAACCCUAGCUGGGAGAGCCUGAGACCACCGGCCGGCGAGGCGAAAUAAGAUGGGGAGAGGAGCUGGCCGCGCUCUGCCUCUGCUGCUCGCCGUGGCGCUCCUCCUCGCGGUGCACACCACGCCGGCGUCGGCUCUCACCAAGUCUUACUUGGUGAUGGCCAGCCAGCGGCCGGCCUCUUGGUCCGCUCUGCUCACUCCAAUCACCAGCCAGUUCCGGAUAUUCUACACCUUCGAACAAAUCAACGGGAUCGGGCUGCAGAUCAACAUCGACUUCGUACCAGCCCUCAAACUGCUCCCAGGGGUACUGGUGAUCCAAGACAAGCUCCGCGAGGUCCAAACGACCCACUCGUGGAGGUUCCUCGGGCUUGAGGGUUCAGACGGCAGGCCGAUCAACGAGUGGGAAAACGUUGCCAACUUCGGCGAGGGAGUCAUCAUCGCCAAUGUCGACACGGGCGUAUCACCCACAUCUGCAAGCUUCAGGGACGACGGUAGCUUGCCCAAACCGUCUCGCUGGAACGGUGGAUGCCAAGGCUACUCCGGCUGCAACAACAAGUUGAUCGGCGCGAGGCUGUUCAACGAGGGCAUGAAGGCGAUGAGCGCGGAGGAGGGAGGCGUCAACAGGCAGCAGCUGAACGAGACCGAUCUGAACUCGCCGUGGGACUUCGUGGGGCACGGCACGCACACGCUGUCCACGGCGGGGGGCAACCUCGUCCCCGGCGUCGGCGCCUUCGGCCGCGGGACGGGCACGGCCAAGGGCGGCUCGCCGCGGGCGCACGUGGCCUCGUACAAGGCGUGCUUCGAAGCGGGGUGCUCCGACCUGGACAUCCUCAUGGCCAUACUCACGGCGGUGGCGGACGGCGUGCAUGUGCUCUCGCUCUCCCUCGGUGCCCCGGCCGCCGACUAUGUCUCCGACGUCAUGGCGAUUGGCACGGCCUACGCUGUCACCCAGUUGGUCGUCGUUGUGGCGGCAGCCGGCAACUCGGGCCCGGCGGCAGGCUCGGUCAGCAAUGUGGCUCCUUGGAUGCUAACGGUGGGUGCUAGCACCAUGGACCGAAUCUUCCCCGCCGAUAUCGUCAUCGGUGCCAAGACUAUCACGGGUCAAAGUCUAUCAAACAGCACCCUGCCUGCCAACCAGCCAAUUGCGAUGAUUAGCGGGGAGAAUGCCAAUGCUGCGGGCCAAUCAGUAGCUAGCUCGGUGUCGUGCCUGCCGGGCUCCCUGGACCCUGCCAAGGUGGCGGGCAAGAUAGUUGUGUGCACAGGAUCAAGAGGCCGAGGCGCCAAGGGGCAGGUGGUGAAGCAGGCCGGCGGCGUCGGCAUGGUCCUCUGCAACGACGCCGCCAGCGGAGCCAGCAUCAUCACCGACCCGCAUAUCGUCCCCACGGCUCACUGCUCCUACUCCCAAUGCCAGGAGAUCUUCAACUACCUCCAGUCCACCGGAUCGCCGUCGGGUUACAUCAAGACGAGGGACGCAGAGGUUGGUGUGAAACCGUCGCCGAUGAUGGCGGCAUUCUCAUCCCGUGGGCCCAACACCAUCACCCCUCAGAUCCUCAAGCCUGACAUCACGGCGCCAGGCGUGGGCGUGAUCGCCGCAGUGAGCGAGGAGGUCUCGCCGACCGGCCUGCUUUCCGACGGCCGCCGUGUCCCCUACGGCGUAAUGACCGGCACCUCCAUGGCGUGCCCGCACGUGGCGGGCAUCGCCGGCUUGCUCAGGGCGAGGUACCCGAAAUGGAACCCGAACAUGAUCUAUUCAGCCAUCAUGACCACAGCCAGCAGGGGAGCCAACGACUACAACGCUAUCCGGGACGAGACCGGCGGUGCCGCCACGCCGUUCAGCUACGGCUCGGGCCACGUGAACCCGGCCAGGGCGCUGGACCCGGGCCUGGUGUACGACACCACGACGCACGACUACGCCAACUUCAUCUGCUCCAUGAAACCCACCAACACCCAUGGCCAGCUCCCGGUGUCGCUCCCGCUCCCGCUCGAGGAGCUCUCGACCCUGCUCAUUGGCAUGUUCGACGGCACCGACUCCAACCCGUUCGAGUGCAGCAAAGGCAUCAACCGCCCUGAGGAUCUCAACUACCCGUCCAUCUCGGUGGCCUGCCUGCCCCGCUCCGGCAGCGCCGUCACCGUGAAGCGCAGGGUGAAGAACGUGGGUGGCGGGGCGGUGACGUACAGGGUGAGCGUCACACAACCGGCCGGGGUGAAGGUCAGCGUGAACCCCAACACGUUGAGCUUCAGUGGGAAGAUCGAGGAGGAGAAACACUUCACGGUGACUCUCCUGGUCUAUGACGCCACCACGGCUGCCGACUACGUGUUCGGCGGCAUGGAGUGGCUAGAUGGGAACCACCGUGUAUGGAGCCCCAUAGUGGCCACCACCAAGUGUGUCUAGCGUUUCGACUCAAUUGGUACCAGCAAUAAAAUUGAUGAAUUACCUUUUUAAUACCGGUAAAGGUUGGUAGUCUACGUAGGCUAUGUGGUUGGCAAAACAGAAUGAAGUAAAAGUAUGGCGCAAGCAACCA